UCAGUAGGAGGUGUUUUUAUAGAAGUUGAUCUCUUAUCUGGAACAUAACCUGCUCCGGAGCAGGUUAUCUGUUCAGCAUCAGUUUUUGGCGAUCUAACCCGGUAAGAAUUGAUCCACCUUUGUAGGACGGAAAACCCUGAAGAGUUAACCCUGAAGUUACCUCACUAACCCCAAAUCCUGCUUCGUAGUACAGGCCUCUGAGGGCGGAUCCGCACCUCAGUCGACCAAGGUCCAAGCUUCUGACCCACAUCGAAAUAUUUGCUAGUCAGCUGACUGUAGCUCUCUCUCUCUCUCUUACUAAUCAAAACUAGAUGAAGUUAACUGUGUUGCUCAACUUGCUCCUCUUCUGUCACGUUGUAUCUACAGUGAAACACUCCCUGAAAAUUUUCUCUACUGCAACUUCUGGAGUCCCAAACUUCCCAGAGUUCGUGGCUGCCGUGAUGGUCGAUGAAGUGUUGUCGGGUUACUGUGACAUCAACAACAAGACCCCAGAACCCAAACAGGACUGGAUGAGGAAACUAUUAAAGGAUGAGCCACAACAACUGGAGUGGUAUUCUCAGGAGUGUUUUGGUAGCCAGCAGUUCUUCAGAGCCAACUUGUACAGCGUGAAGCAGCGCUUAAACCAAACUGGAGAUGCCCACAUUUUUCAGAGGAUGAACGACUGUGAGUGGGACGACGAGACUGGAGAGGUUGUUGGUUUUAGUCAGUACGGUUAUGAUGGAGAAGACUUCCUUGUGUUGGACCUGCAGACGCUGACAUGGACCACUCCAAAACAACAGGCUUUCAUCACUAAAUUUCGAUGGGAUAAUGACAAAGCUAGAUUAGAAAACGACAAACACUACUUCAUCAACAUAUAUCCUGAAUGGCUGAGGAAGUACCUACACUAUGGGAGGAGCUCUCUGCAGAGAACAGAGCGUCCCUCAGUGUCUCUCCUCCAGAAGACUCCCUCCUCUCCAGUCAGCUGCCACGCUACAGGUUUCUACCCCGACAGAGCCAUGAUGUUCUGGAGGAAAGAUGGAGAGGAGAUUCAUGAGGACGUGGACCACGGAGAGAUUCUCCCCAACCACGAUGGAACCUUCCAGAUGAGUAUUGAGCUGAACCUGUCAUCAGUCACACCUGAAGACUGGAGGAGGUACGACUGUGUGUUUCAUCUCUCUGGUGUGGUGGACGACAUCGUCACCAGACUGGACAAAGCAGUGAUCAGGACCAACUGGGUUCCCCCUGCAGGGUUCCCUGCUGGUCCUGUUAUUGGAGUUGUUGUAGGACUGCUGCUGCUGCUGCUGGCGGUCUGCAUUGCUGGACUCUUCAUCUGGAGGAGGAACAAUAACGGGUUUCGCCCUGCUAACACUGAAGUGAGGACUGGUGUGGGCUGGCCAGCAGACAGUAAGAGCUUUCUCUCCUGGGCUGGAAGGUGCUGGCUCAUCCUCUAAAUCUGUUGAUGAAGUGCUGGAGUCUGUGGGAGACUACACAAGAACAUGAGGUUUUGCUGUGGAGCGUCUGUCCAAGGCCAAACUGAGUGUGACGACAAGGCUGCCGGGUCCUGUGAUGUGUGCUACCUGGGAUUUCCUGUCUGCCAUGGGUUACUGUGACGUCACUAUUUUGGUGUGAGCGCCAUCUUUUGGCCAACUUGGACUACUUCAAUUCUUCCUUCAGUCCAUGAGGAGGAACCACAGAGACAUGGAAACAUGAUGCCUCUGACUGUUGGGGGAAAAAAAACAUUAUUCUGAUAAAGGAGAUUUUUCUAACAACCUGUCUAUAAUUGUGUCUUCGGCUCAUAUCUACUAUACAUAUUUACUGCACAGUGCAGCAUUUCUAGAGAAUUUGAAGCACUGAUGCCAUAAAGGCAAAACACUUUCAGAACCACACAGCACACAGUGUGAAUGAACCCAAAGAGGGAAUGU